CGUGUACACCAGCAGGUCGUCUACGUUCCGCGCAUUUCUUGUGGGUCGGCGGAGAGUGGGAGUGGAGGGGCCUCAACCCAGAACCGGAGGACCCGGCGAGCACGACCACCAGUACGCAGCGAGACGGCGAAGCUAUGAGUGCGCCUGAAGACGCGCGGAGUACGACGGCCGAAACGUCGUCGUCAGUGCGAGAGACAAAAGUGUCGAGUGUGAAAAGUGAUAAAGUGACUACGACCUCACCCCCUCCAUUGGAUAAGUCGAAACCCUCUGGUAAGUCAAAGAAGAAGCAGAAUAAGGACGUAAAAAUUGUAGGAGGUAAAAUUAUAAAAACUAUUGUUGAAGAUGAUUCGGUAGAUAUAGUCGAGUUGCCUUCUGACUACCCUUCACCCGAUGUGGGUAGUUAUGUCACAGAGUAUAUUGUAGAUGAUUCGGGGGCUCAGACACCUCAAUUGUCCAGGUCUGUUUCUGUGCCUUAUGAUAGCAAAGGUAAUAUCGUGAUUGGUCCUUCUGUAACGAGUGUUGAAGUUUCAACCUCGAAGAUUGAUAGUUCUAGGGAUGCUUUUGAACAAAAUGGCAAAGCUGAGGGGUUUUCUAAUACGUAUUCUGGGACUGCUCCCCGUGAAGUAUCUGAUGUGAAACACUAUACGUCAAAACAUAACCAGCCUUCAGUAGAUGUUAAAAUGGUUGGAGGGAAAAUUGUCAAAACUCCUAAGUACGAUGACUCUGCUAGCUUUAUUGCAAUGGAGAGAGGGCAGGGUGUUAUUCAAACAGGGUUUGAUCAAAGUGUAGGUGAAGUAACUUCAUCUAGCGUUAAACAAAAAUCAGAAUCUAGAGCUUUCGUGUCAAGUUCAUCAACCACAAAAAUGUCUUCCAUGGAUUCCGUAGUUUCUAGCUCUGAGACUUUCCAUGAUUCGGGUAAACACACAGUAAAAAAUGUUUCCCAAAGGAAUGUUAGUGAACAUCAGCCAAUUUCAACCGAAUCACUAUCCACUAGUCAUUUUAAAGAUAAUAUUUCUUCUUCGGUAUACAAGACUAAUACUUCUGAAUCUUACCAAGCCGAAAGCUCAUCUCACGAAGUUUCUUCCAGCGAAACAUCGAAAUCUAAGACGGAAACGGGUGGGUCUGUGUCUGUUAUCAAGCAAUCAGCUGAUAAAAAUGCAAUAGUUGAAAAAUCUCAAUCGUCUCAAAGUAUAUUGUCUCAGACUUCUGCUUCAAAGAAAACAUCUGCUAUGUCAUCAACUGUCGCUCAAUCAUCAACAAGUGUGUCAAGUGUCAAAACAGGAGGUAAGGUCAUCAAAACAUCCCAAGUAUAUGUUAUUGAUUCCAAGGGUAACAAAAAAUUAGUUUCACAAACACAAGAUGUCGAUGUAGUGCCUUCCAAGGUAGAGACAUUCGUUGACGAGUCAUCAAAUGUGAAAUCUGACCAGAAAAUAUCUGUAGAGGAAAGUGUUUCUUCGUCAGUAAUGGCGCGGUCAGAUGUUUCAGAUAGUCACAAGGAAAUUGUUCAAUCCUCCCGUAUUCAGGAUAGGAGUGCAAACAAGGAGCUCCAAAAAAUAUCCAGUACAAGUAGCAUCAAAGAAUCACGUGAAGAGGUGGUAAGCAGCAGUUCUUCUUCAUCUACUAAACAUAUUCAAGGGAAAGGUAGUUUAAAAGAAAUAUCUGGUGUCUCGUACAAGACCAUACCAACAUCUGAUGGACGUGGUCAACAGAUAAUUGAGGAGACUGUAAAAAUUAUUGGGGGUAAGGUUGUAAAGAGUGAAAGGGUUGUUGAGAAAAUACCACUAUCAGCUGUCGUGAAAACAUCUGGUGAAAGCUAUUAUAUAAAUAAAAAGGGCGAGAAAAUCAUACUGAACAGAACAGAUGAUUUGAGAAGGAGUGAGUUGCAAAUAUCUGAUUCUACAUUACACAAUGUCCCAGCAAGUAAUACAAGUUAUGAAGAAAUGCCAGGUGUUACUUACAAAUCUAUCCCUAGUGUAGAUGGUAAAAAGCAGGAGAUCGUUGAAGAAUCUGUAAAAAUUAUUGGAGGAAAAAUUAUAAGAAGCCACAGGGUAAUUGAAAGUGUGCCAUCGUCGUCCAUAGUUCAGGGUUCCAGCCAAUCGUACUAUAUAAAUAAAAAAGGCGAUAAGGUUAUACUGAGUAGUAAAAGCACAGAGGAACAGACAUCAGAGUCAAGGGUGGUAGAAGGAGUGUCACAUGUAACGAGCAGUGGGGCUGAGGAUAAUCUGCCUCAGAAGAAAAUUGGCAAAUCUAGUCCUGAUAAUAGUGGUAUUACUUACAAGGUCUAUUCAACUAAUGACGGCCGAACACAACAGAUAGUAGAAGAGACUGUGAAGAUUAUUGGUGGAAAAAUUGUAAAGAAUACGAAAGUAAUCGAAAACGUCCCAUUGUCAGCUAUUGUUAAAAGCUCUGGUCAAACUUAUUACAUUAAUAAAAAAGGAGAUAAGGUGAUACUUGAUGUUCAAAUGACAGAAAAACAAAGCUACGAUUCGAAAUCGGAGACAGUUAAAUCGAAAGAAAAAAAUACUGCACCUGACAGUAAAAAUGAAGAAAAAACAAAAAAGUCAACAGACUCAUCAGGUGUGACGUAUUUGACUAUGCCUUCUUCUGACGGACGUAGGCAGCAGAUAAUUGAGGAGAGUGUAAAAAUAAUUGGUGGAAAGAUUGUCAGAAAUAAGAGGGUCAUAGAGAGCGUACUUUCGUCUGAUAUCUUUGAGCGAUCUGGUGAAACUUAUUAUAUCAAUAAAAAAGGAGAAAAAAUAAUCCUAAACAGUCAAGACAUUAAUCGAAAAUCUGAAACGGUCGAAAGAGUUUCUUCUAAUGACGGUGAAAAAUCUAGUUCGAAAACUGGAAAAAUUACGACUAGUAAGGAAGAUUCACCUGGGGUUUCUUAUAAAACGAUUCCAUCAUCUGAUGGCCGUAAUCAGCAAAUUGUUGAAGAGACUGUGAAAAUUGUUGGAGGAAAGAUAGUAAGAAGUACGCGAGUUGUUGAAGAUGUGCCUUCUUCAAGUAUUAUCAAAAGCUCGGGAAGUACCUAUUACGUAAAUAAAAAAGGAGAAAAGAUAUUUAUAAACAAUGUAUCUUUUGACGAACAUUCUCAAAGUUCCUUCGACACUCAAAACGUGAAGAUAAUUAAUAAUAAGGAUACUGUGGACGACAGAAAUAUUAUGACGUCAUCAGAACACUUUGUAAGGGAUAGUAUCAAUGAGUCAAGUGACAUAUCUUCUUCCCUUCAAACAAGUUCGACAGCAAUGUCUUCACAUAAGACCGGAGGAAAAAUAAUUAAAACUAAGACUGUCAUUGUUGAUGGAAAACCAGUGACAACUACAAGUGAAGAAGAAAUUCCUGGAUCAUUUUCAGUAACAGAGGGGAAUGUGUCAGAGAGUACCCAAUCUCAACUGAAGGAAACAUUUUCUAGAGAUAGAACCGAUAUCAAGUCAACUACUGAACAGUUUGAAACUUCUAGUAUUCAAGGGGCCAACUAUAGAACUGAAGAAAUAACGAAAAUGGUCGGUGGAAAACUUGUUAAAACAACCAGAGUAAUAUAUGACGAACCAGAGAAUCUUGAGUUUGGAAAAACUAAAACAAAAGAUAAGAUACUUACAAGGCAAAACGAUAAGUCAGAUGAGUUACUUGUGGAAUCUAGAAAACCAACAAAACCAGAUAUCGUCACUUCUGAAUCAACUCAUACAAGUGAGGUAGUCAAAAUGGUUGGAGGAAAAUUGGUAAAGACAACUGUUAUAGUUGAUAAUACGAAAUCUACAGACUACUCUCAAUGUUAUAAUGUUACAUCAGAAAAACAAACUCUCCCAGUGGCUGGUAAACCAUCAAAACCUGUUGACAGAUUUGAUAAAAAUAUUGAAACCUACCAGCAACCGAAAGAACAUUCGAAAGACACGUCUGAAAGAACGAGAGAAGACCCAUCAAGAAAACCAGCAGCUGGCUUAUAUAGCCCACUUGAAGAUAGACGAGAAGAUGAUAUAUCAAAAUUUGUACCUCAUGAAAGAGAACCGAAAGAGAGAAUGGACCCCUCUGGCAGACCAGCGGCGGGAGCUCCUAGCCAGACCAACAAUAAAACAGAAAAUAAAUCUAAGGAUAAAUCACCAAAAAGGGUAGAUGAAAAUGAUGAUUUAUUGUUAAAGCCUUUCAAACCAUCUAAAAGUGACGAUUUUAUUUCGGCUUCGACCCAUACAACAGAGAUUGUCAAAAUGGUUGGCGGAAAACUUGUUAAAACAACAGUUGUUGUUGAUGACAGGUAUGAUGAUUACUCUGAGUCCCUAACAAGUAUGCGGGGCAAGCCUAAUCCAACCACUUACACUCCUAGUCAGCCUAAAGAUCAACAAGGAGAUUACAUAACGACGUUUGAACCUCGAGAAUGGGAACCUAAGCCAAGAAUAGAGCCGUCUGGAAGGCCAGCAGCAGGAGCACCUAGUCAUCCUAGUGAUAAACCAGAAGAUGGCAGACCUCAAUUUGUACCUCACGAUAAGGAACCAACACACCGAAUUGAUCCAUCUGGAAGACCAGCAGCAGGAGCAUCAAGUCAUCCUAGUGAUAAACCAGAAGAUGGCAGAGCUCAAUUUGUACCUCACGAUAAGGAACAAACACACAGAAUUGAUCCAUCUGGAAGACCAGCGGCAGGAGCAUCCAGUCAUCCUAUCGAAAAACCAGAUGAUGGCAGAACUCAAUUUGUACCUCACGAUAAGGAACCAACACACAGAAUUGAUCCAUCUGGAAGACCAGCGGCAGGAGCAUCCAGUCAUCCUAGUGAUAAACCAGAAGAUGGCAGAGCUCCAUUUGUGCCACACGAUAAGGAGCCUAAACACAGAAUUGAUCCAUCUGGAAGACCAGCGGCAGGAGCAUCCAGUCAUCCUAGUGAUAAACCAGAAGAUGGCAGAGCUCAAUUUGUACCUCACGAUAAGGAACAAACACACAGAAUUGAUCCAUCAGGAAGACCAGCAGCAGGGGCUCCUAGUCAACCAAAGGACAAGCCAGAAGAUAAACUGAAGGACAAGUCUCCAACCAAAAGGGUAGACAAACCUGACGAUUUAUUUUUAGAACCACAAAAAACUUCUCACCAUGAUCAGUACAUUUCUGAAUCAACUCAUACUACAGAGGUUAUAAAAAUGAUUGCUGGAAAGUUAGUUAAAACAACUGUUGUUGUAGAUGAUUCAACAACUACUGAUUUCUCUGACACUCAAGGAACUAAGACAGUUACAAAACCACUUCCAGUAGCUGGCAAACCAUCGAAACCAGUUGAUAGAUUUGGCAAACCCAUUGAAAAGGAUAUCAAACCGAAAGAACAGACGAAGGAUACACAUGAAAGAAAAAGAGAUGAACCAUCUAGAAGACCAGCAGCAGGAGCUCCUAGUCAACCAAAGGAUAAACCAGAAGAUGGCAGAACUCCAUUUGUGCCACACGAUAAGGAGCCUAAACACAGAAUUGAUCCAUCUGGAAGACCAGCGGCAGGAGCAUCCAGUCAUCCUAUCGAAAAACCAGAUGAUGGCAGAACUCAAUUUGUACCUCACGAUAAGGAACCAACACACAGAAUUGAUCCAUCUGGAAGACCAGCGGCAGGAGCAUCCAGUCAUCCUAGUGAUAAACCAGAAGAUGGCAGAGCUCCAUUUGUGCCACACGAUAAGGAGCCUAAACACAGAAUUGAUCCAUCUGGAAGACCAGCGGCAGGAGCAUCCAGUCAUCCUAGUGAUAAACCAGAAGAUGGCAGAGCUCAAUUUGUACCUCACGAUAAGGAACAAACACACAGAAUUGAUCCAUCAGGAAGACCAGCAGCAGGGGCUCCUAGUCAACCAAAGGACAAGCCAGAAGAUAAACUGAAGGACAAGUCUCCAACCAAAAGGGUAGACAAACCUGACGAUUUAUUUUUAGAACCACAAAAAACUUCUCACCAUGAUCAGUACAUUUCUGAAUCAACUCAUACUACAGAGGUUAUAAAAAUGAUUGGUGGAAAGUUAGUUAAAACAACUGUUGUAGUAGAUGAUUCAACAACUACUGACUUCUCUGACACUCAAGGAACUAAGACAGUUACAAAACCACUGCCAGUAGCAGGCAAACCAUCGAAGCCAGUUGACAGAUUUGGUAAACCCAUUGAAAAGGACGUCAAACCGAAAGAACAGACGAAGGAUACACAUGAAAGAAAAAGAGAUGAACCAUCUGGAAGACCAGCAGCAGGAGCUCCUAGUCAACCAAAGGAUAAAUCAGAAGAUGACAGAACUCCAUUUGUGCCACACGAUAAGGAGACUAAACACAGAAUUGAUCCUUCUGGAAGACCUGCAGCAGGAGCACCUAGCCAUCCUACCGAAAAACCAGAAGAUGGAAAAACUCCAUUUGUACCACACGAUAAAGAACCUAAAAAUAAAAUCGAUCCAUCAGGAAGACCAGCAGCAGGAGCUCCAAGUCAACCAAAGGAUAAACCAGAAGAUGGCAGAACUCCAUUUGUGCCACACGAUAAGGAGCCUAAACAUAGAAUUGAUCCAUCUGGAAGACCUGCAGCAGGAGCACCUAGUCAACCAAAGGACAAGCCAGAAGAUAAACUGAAGGACAAGUCUCCAACCAAAAGGGUAGACAAACCUGACGAUUUAUUUUUAGAACCACAAAAAACUUCUCACCAUGAUCAAUACAUUUCUGAAUCAACUCAUACUACAGAGGUUAUAAAAAUGGUUGGUGGAAAGUUAGUUAAAACAACUGUUGUGGUAGAUGAUUCAACAAGUACGGACUUCUCUGACACUCACGGAACUAAGACAGUUACAAAACCACUCCCUGUAGCAGGCAAACCAUCGAAGCCAGUUGACAGAUUUGGCAAACCGAUUGAAAAGGACGUCAAACCGAAAGAACAAACGAAGGAUACGCAUGACAGAAAAAGAGAUGAACCAUCUGGAAGACCAGCAGCAGGAGCUCCUAGUCAACCAAAGGAUAAACCAGAAGAUGACAGAACUCCAUUUGUGCCACACGAUAAGGAGCCUAAACACAGAAUUGAUCCAUCUGGAAGACCUGCAGCAGGAGCACCUAGCCAUCCUACCGAAAAACCAGAAGAUGGAAAAACUCAAUUUGUACCACACGAUAAGGAACCCAAAAAUAAAAUCGAUCCAUCAGGAAGACCAGCAGCAGGAGCUCCAAGUCAACCAAAGGAUAAACCAGAAGAUGGCAGAACUCCAUUUGUGCCACACGAUAAGGAGCCUAUACACAGAAUUGAUCCAUCUGGAAGACCUGCAGCAGGAGCACCUAGUCAACCAAAGGAUAAGCCAGAAGAUAAACUGAAGAACAAGUCUCCAACCAAAAGGGUAGACAAACCUGACGAUUUAUUUUUAGAACCACAAAAAACUUCUCACCAUGAUCAAUACAUUUCUGAAUCAACUCAUACUACAGAGGUUAUAAAAAUGAUUGGUGGAAAGUUAGUUAAAACAACUGUUGUGGUGGAUGAUUCAACAAGUACUGACUUCUCUGACACUCAAAGAACUAAGACAGUUACAAAACCACUUCCAGUAGCUGGAAAACCAUCGAAACCAGUUGAUAGAUUUGGCAAACCCAUUGAAAAGGAUGUCAAACCGAAAGAACAGACGAAGGAUACACAUGAAAGAAAAAGAGAUGAAUCAUCUGGAAGACCAGCAGCAGGAGCUCCUAGUCAACCAAAGGAUAAACCAGAAGAUGAAAGAACUUCAUUUGUGCCACACGAUAAGGAGCCUAAACACAGAAUUGAUCCAUCUGGAAGACCUGCAGCAGGAGCACCUAGCCAUCCUACCGAAAAACCAGAAGAUGGCAGAACUCCAUUUGUGCCACACGAUAAGGAGCCUAAACACAGAAUUGAUCCAUCAGGGAGGCCGGCAGCAGGAGCACCUAGCCAACCUAAGGACAAACCAGACGAUGGCAAAACUCCGUUUGUACCACAUGAUAAGGAACCGAGACACAGAAUGGAUCCAUCAGGAAGACCAGCAGCAGGAGCACCUAGCCAACCUAAGGACAAACCAGACGAUGGCAAAACUCCGUUUGUGCCACAUGACAAAGAACCGAACUAUAGAAUGGAUCCAUCAGGAAGGCCAGCAGCAGGAGCACCUAGCCAACCUAAGGACAAACCAGACGAUGGCACAACUCGGUUUGUACCACAUGACAAAGAACCGAAACAUAGAAUGGAUCCAUCAGGAAGGCCAGCAGCAGGAGCACCUAGCCAACCUAAGGACAAACCAGACGAUGGCAAAACUCCGUUUGUACCACAUGAUAAGGAACCGAAACAUAGAAUGGAUCCAUCAGGGAGGCCGGCAGCAGGAGCACCUAGCCAACCUAAGGACAAACCAGACGAUGGCACAACUCGGUUUGUACCACAUGACAAAGAACCGAAACAUAGAAUGGAUCCAUCAGGAAGGCCAGCAGCAGGAGCACCUAGCCAACCUAAGGAUAAACCAGAUGAUGGAAAAACUGCAUCUAUGCCUUAUGAUAAGAAACCUAAAAAGCCAACUAAACCUGAUAUCAUCUCUGAAUCAGCCCACACCACUGAAGUUAUAAAAAUGAUAAACGGUAAAAUAGUAAAACAAACAGUUGUUAUUGACGAGUCUAAUGCAACCGACCUAAGAAAAACACAUGUAAGUACUUUUGAGAAGCAUAUUUCUCCAGCCGCAGGAAAACCUAGCCAGCCCGUAGACAAAUUUGGAAGGCCAGUCGACCUUUUUGAAGAACCGAAAAAACCAAGCAAAGAAAAAAGCCCUACUCGCAAAACUAAAACGGAGGACCUAAAACCAACGGAACCAGCUGGAAAACCCUCCAGACCGAAAGACUCUCCAGACUAUGACGAACCUGACAGAGUAACAAUCGUUGGUGGCAGGAUCAUAGCUACUUCUAAAACAUCCAAGACAUCAACAUCCGUGCAAGAAGCUGUGUCGUCAUCAACAGAGACUGUUGUUAGGAAGGGGGUGAGGAGAAUUGUCACAGAUAAGGGGGUCGUGGAGGAAGUUCUACCUGAAACCGUCGUGUCUAGAAGAACCAGUGAUACCGCCGACGUUCGAAGACAGUCGCAUGUCGUUCACGAAAACACCUCCGUAGACUCUACCGUGCUUACGAAGGAAGUGACGGACAGAAGGAUCUUGGAGGAGACGAAGAAGCCCCUGGAAGACAAACCAAAGAAGAAGCCGGAGGAGAAGAAGCCUAAGGAGUCGCAUCCCCCCAAGGAGCAGUGCAUCUGUGAGCUUUGCACUUGUGGGAGACACAGAUGUCCUCAUGGUCCGUACAGCGAAGGCCCUCCAUUGGACUGGCAACCAGAACCUCUGCCCGACCACUCGCUGCUGCACGAGGAGUUCCGUCCCUUCAAACCCUCCGAGGUGGAACGGCCCAAGUUGAAGAGAUUGCAGACAGAACUUGAAUUACCCAAGGAGCCCCUGGACACAAGAACUGCGUACGAGCUGGACUACCCUGAGAAACAUGCAGAAAGACCUCGCAGGUUUAAAGUGGAAGACCAUCUGCAUCCCGAAGGAGAGUUCGAACGGCCUAAGCCUGAGAAGUAUGGACCUGGAGAACGAGCGCCAAUUGUCAGACAUCCUGAUAACCUUAAACCAGAAGGUGAUUUUGAAGUUCCUCAACGAGAACCGUUUAGGCCUGCUGAUAGACAAAAGCCCUUUAAACCUUCAGACAAUCUUCAUCCUGAAGGUGACUUUGAAAAGCCAGAAAAAGAGCCUUACAGGCCUGGUGAAAGGCCCAAGCAAGUUAGACCAUCUGACAAUUUGAGACCUGAGGGAGAUUUUGAGAAACCAGAAAAAGAACCAUUCAGACCUGCAGAAAGGCCCAAGCAAAUCAGACCAUCUGAUAACUUGAGACCUGAAGGAGACUUUGAAACUCCUGAAAAGCAACCAUUUAGACCCGCUGAAAGGCCCAAGCAAAUCAGACCUUCUGAUAACUUAAGACCUGAAGGUGACUUUGAAAAGCCAGAAAAAGAGCCUUACAGGCCUGGUGAAAGGCCCAAGCAAGUUAGACCAUCUGACAAUUUGAGACCUGAGGGAGAUUUUGAGAAACCAGAAAAAGAACCAUUCAGACCUGCAGAAAGGCCCAAGCAAAUCAGACCUUCUGAUAACUUAAGACCUGAAGGUGACUUUGAAAAGCCAGAAAAAGAGCCUUACAGGCCUGGUGAAAGGCCCAAGCAAGUUAGACCAUCUGACAAUUUGAGACCUGAGGGAGAUUUUGAGAAACCAGAAAAAGAACCAUUCAGACCUGCAGAAAGGCCCAAGCAAAUCAGACCUUCUGAUAACUUAAGACCUGAAGGUGACUUUGAAAAGCCAGAAAAAGAGCCUUACAGGCCUGGUGAAAGGCCCAAGCAAGUUAGACCAUCUGACAAUUUGAGACCUGAGGGAGAUUUUGAGAAACCAGAAAAAGAACCAUUCAGACCUGCAGAAAGGCCCAAGCAAAUCAGACCUUCUGAUAACUUAAGACCUGAAGGUGACUUUGAAAAGCCAGAAAAAGAGCCUUACAGGCCUGGUGAAAGGCCCAAGCAAGUUAGACCAUCUGACAAUUUGAGACCUGAGGGAGAUUUUGAGAAACCAGAAAAAGAACCAUUCAGACCUGCAGAAAGGCCCAAGCAAAUCAGACCAUCUGAUAAUUUGAGACCUGAAGGAGACUUUGAAACUCCUGAAAAGCAACCAUUUAGACCCGCUGAAAGGCCCAAGCAAAUCAGACCAUCUGAUAACUUAAGACCUGAAGGAGACUUUGAAACGCCUGAAAAGCAACCAUUCAGACCUGCUGAAAGGCCCAAGCAAAUCAGACCUUCUGACAAUUUGAGACCUGAAGGAGAUUUUGAGAAACCAGAAAAAGAACCAUUCAGACCUGCAGAAAGGCCCAAGCAAAUCAGACCUUCUGAUAAUUUAAGACCUGAAGGGGAGUUUGAGAGACCGGAACAGCCUAAAGCUCCCACCAGAGGGGAGCGAGCGCCUGUCACAAAACCUGAGGACAAUCUGAAACCUCUAGGAGAAUUCACUGGUGUAACAACUAAGCAACUAGACUUCACAGGCCAACCGACCGAAAGGCCUCAACUGGUGAGGCGUAACACCUUCACUAAAUUGGAAGGCGACAUCGAAACUGAGACUACGACACGCAGCGAGUUCCGACAGUUCGAUCACACGAGCCGCACAGAGAUUGUACGCCAAAGGGAAGACAACCUUACAGUGGGCGAGGGGAAAUUCACGGUAACCACGCGAGCACAAGAAGACUAUCCUGAGCGCCAACUUGUGAAACCAGAGAAACCCAAAAAGCUGAAGGACAACAAGUUUGUGGAAAACAAUGAGUUUUACUUUGAAACAAGCAACCAAGAAGCAUUUACAGACCAUAAAUAUAUAAAUCGUGUUGAGGUGACUAAACGCACAGACAACCUUACAACUGAGGGUACAAUGGUAUUUGAAACUUCUUCAAAAACAGACUUCACUGAGAAGACGCCAGAUCGGCAAAAACCCACUCGUCGAGGGACAUGGACUAAACAAGAUGGAGAGAGAUAUUUUGAAACCACAAACCUUGAGGAGUUCAAAGAGCAUCCUAUCACACGAGUCACUCAAUACACUCUACGUGACAAUCUUACCACAGAGGAGGGAAUAUUUGAAAGCAAUACAACCACUAAGGAUGUUUACAAAACCUACAAAACAGACCGUCCUAAACCAACAAAACCGAUAGAUAAUUUAAAACCUGAGGGAGAAUUUGAGAAGCCUGAAAAAGAACCAUUUAGACCUGCUGAAAGACCCAAGCAAAUCAGACCUUCUGAUAAUUUGAAGCCUGAAGGAGAAUUUGAAACACCUGAGAAGCAGCCUUACAGACCUGCAGAAAGACCCAAGCAAAUUAGACCUUCUGACAAUUUGAGGCCUGAAGGUGAAUUUGAAACCCCUGAGAAGCAGCCUUUCAGACCAGCAGAAAGACCAAAACAAAUCAGACCAUCUGACAAUUUAAGGCCAGAAGGAGAAUUUGAAACACCUGAGAAGAAGCCUUUCAGACCCGCAGAAAGACCCAAGCAAAUAAGACCUUCUGAUAAUUUGAGACCUGAAGGAGAAUUUGAAAAGCCAGAAAAAGAACCGUUUAGACCAGCAGAAAGGCCCAAGCAAAUCAGACCUUCUGACAAUUUGAGACCAGAAGGAGAAUUUGAAAAGCCAGAAAAAGAACCGUUUAGACCAGCAGAAAGGCCCAAGCAAAUCAGACCUUCUGACAAUUUGAGACCAGAAGGAGAAUUUGAAACACCUGAGAAGCAACCUUUCAGACCUGCAGAAAGACCAAAGCAGAUCAGACCUUCUGACAAUUUGAGACCUGAAGGUGAAUUUGAGAAGCCAGAAAAAGAACCGUUUAGACCAACAGAAAGGCCCAAGCAAAUCAGACCUUCUGACAAUUUGAGACCAGAAGGAGAAUUUGAAACACCUGAGAAGCAACCUUUCAGACCUGCAGAAAGACCAAAGCAGAUCAGACCUUCUGACAAUUUGAGACCUGAAGGUGAAUUUGAGAAGCCAGAAAAAGAACCGUUUAGACCAGCAGAAAGGCCCAAGCAAAUCAGACCUUCUGACAAUUUGAGACCUGAAGGAGAAUUUGAAACACCUGAGAAGCAACCAUUCAGACCUGCAGAAAGACCAAAGCAGAUCAGACCUUCUGACAAUUUGAGACCUGAAGGAGAAUUCGAAACACCUGAGAAGCAACCUUUCAGACCUGCAGAAAGACCAAAGCAGAUCAGACCUUCUGACAAUUUGAGACCUGAAGGAGAAUUUGAAAAGCCAGAAAAAGAACCGUUUAGACCAGCAGAAAGGCCCAAGCAAAUCAGACCUUCUGACAAUUUGAGACCAGAAGGAGAAUUUGAAACACCUGAGAAGCAACCUUUCAGACCUGCAGAAAGACCAAAGCAGAUCAGACCUUCUGACAAUUUGAGACCUGAAGGAGAAUUUGAAAAGCCAGAAAAAGAACCGUUUAGACCAGCAGAAAGGCCCAAGCAAAUCAGACCUUCUGACAAUUUGAGACCAGAAGGAGAAUUUGAAACACCUGAGAAGCAACCUUUCAGACCUGCAGAAAGACCAAAGCAGAUCAGACCUUCUGACAAUUUGAGACCUGAAGGUGAAUUUGAGAAGCCAGAAAAAGAACCGUUUAGACCAGCAGAAAGACCAAAGCAAAUAAGACCUUCUGAUAAUCUGAGACCUGAAGGAGAUUUUGAGAAACAAGAAAAAGAACCAUUCAGACCAGCAGAAAGACCCCAACAAUUCAGACCCUCUGAUAAUCUGAGGCCUGAAGGAGAAUUUGAAAAACCCCAGAAAGAACCAUUCAGACCAGCAGAAAGACCCAAGCAAAUAAGACCUUCUGACAAUUUGAAGCCUGAAGGUGAAUUUGAAACACCUGAGAAGCAGCCUUUCAGACCAGCAGAAAGACCAAAGCAAAUCAGACCUUCUGACAAUUUGAGACCUGAAGGAGAAUUUGAAAAGCCAGAAAAAGAACCGUUUAGACCAGCAGAAAGGCCCAAGCAAAUCAGACCAUCUGACAAUUUGAGGCCUGAAGGAGAAUUUGAAACCCCUGAGAAGCAGCCUUUCAGACCUGCAGAAAGACCCAAGCAAAUCAGACCUUCUGACAAUUUGAGGCCUGAAGGUGAUUUUGAAACACCUGAGAAACAACCUUUCAGACCUGCAGAAAGACCUAAGCAGAUCAGACCUUCUGACAACCUAAAACCUGAAGGUGAAUUUGAGCGUAGGCCAAAAGAAACAGUUCCCCUUAUGGGGGAGAGAGCACCAGUUGUCAAACCAAAAGACAACUUAUUUCCAGAAGGAGAAUUUACUAAGCCAGAGCUAGAGGAGUAUAGACCCUCUGAGCGCCCUAAGCCUGUCAGGCCUCAUGACAACUUGAAACCUGAGGGAGAGUUUGAAAGGCACUAUCCUGAAUCUUUCAAACCGGCAGAGCGACCCGAGAUCAUCAGACACCCAGAUAACUUAAAACCUGAAGGAGAAGUGGAUUAUAAGCCGAAGGAAAAAGCACCAACAAAAGGAGAUAGAGCACCAAUGGUUAAGCCCAAGGAUAACUUGAGACCAGAGGGUGAGUUUGAAAAACGUCGUCCUGAACCAGUACCACAUGGUGAACGAGCUCCGGUUGUAAAGCCUAAGGAUAAUUUGUAUCCUGAAGGUGAGUUUGCCAAGCCAGAGCUAGAUGAAUACAGACCAGCUGAAAGACCUAAACCUGUCAAACCCCUUGACAACUUGAAACCAGAAGGAGAGUUCGAAAAGCGUUAUCCGGAAGCAUACAGGCCAGCUGAACGUCCAGAGAUAAUCAGACAUCCUGAUAACCUUAAACCAGAGGGUGAAGUAGACUAUAAACCGAGAGAGAAGGCUCCAACAAAAGGAGAUAGAGCUCCUGUCAUUAGACCUAAAGAUAAUCUUCACCCAGAAGGUGAGUUUGAAAAGCGUCAACCUGAGCCUAUACCCCAAGGUGAACGUGCUCCUGUGGUAAAGCCAAAAGACAACCUAUUUCCAGAAGGAGACUUUGAAAAACGAAAACCGGAUGAAUAUACACCUUCCAAGAGACCUGAGGCCGUUAAACCCAUUGAUAACCUUAAGCCUGAGGGUGAGUUUGAAAGACCUACUCCUGAAAAAGUACGGCCUGGAGAACGUGCUGAGAUUGUACGACAUCCUGACAAUUUAAAACCUGAGGGAGAAUUUGUUGGAAGACCAAAAGAAAAGGUACCUUCUUAUGGGGAGCGAGCUCCAGUGGUUAAGCCAAAAGAUAAUUUGUAUCCAGAAGGAGAAUUCCAAAAACCAGAACACGAAGAAUAUCGUCCAGCUGAAAGACCUAAGCCUAUCAGACCUCAUGACAAUCUUAAGCCUGAAGGUGAAUUUGAAAAGAGAUAUCCAGAAGCAUAUAAACCUGCUGAACGGCCAGAAAUCAUCAGGCACCCUGAUAACCUAAGACCUGAAGGUGAAAUUGAUUACAAGCCAAGAGAGAAGGCACCGACCAAAGGAGAUAGAGCACCUGUUAAAAAGCCAAAAGACAACCUAUAUCCCGAAGGAGAAUUUGAAAAGCGCCAACCAGAAGUCAUACCAUAUGGUGAAAGAGCACCAGUCGUAAAACCAAAAGACAACUUGUGGCCUGAAGGGGACUUUGAAAAACGUACUCCAGAGGCUUAUACUCCAACAAAAAGGCCACAAGCUGUGAGACCUGUUGACAACUUAAAACCAGAAGGAGAGUUUGAUAGACCCACUGCAGAAAAAGUGAAACCAGGUGAAAGAGCUGAGAUAGUAAAACAUCCUGAUAAUCUUAAGCCCGAGGGAGAAUUUAUUAGACGGCCAAAAGAGAAAGCACCACAAUAUGGUGAAAGAGCCCCAGUGGUUAAGCCAAAAGAUAACCUUUAUCCCGAGGGCGAGUUUGCCAAAUCAGAACCUGACGAGUAUCGACCAGGUGAAAGACCUAAGCCCAUUAAGCCUCAUGACAACCUUAAACCAGAAGGAGAUUUUGAAAAGCGAUACCCUGAGGCUUACAAGCCUGCUAAACGACCUGAACUCAUCAAACAUCCUGACAACCUGAAACCCGAAGGAGAAUUUGAAGGCAGACCAAAAGAAAAGGCACCUUUAAGAGGAGAAAGAGCUCCUGUUGUUAAGCCUAAAGACAAUUUAUACCCUGAAGGUGAUUUUGAAAGACCUGAAAUUAUAUCAUAUGGACCUGGAGAGCGUCAAAAGCCUAUAAAACCAAAUGAUAAUCUAAAGCCUGAAGGAGAAUUUGAAAGGCCAUAUCAAGAAAGAUUCAUUCCAGGAGAAAGACCUAAAGCUGUUAGACCAGAAGAUAAUCUCAAACCUGAAGGAGAGUUCGAAAAACGUACACCACAGAAGGUAGGUCCUGGUGAAAGAGCAGAAAUUGUAAAACAUCCAGAUAAUUUACGACCUGAGGGUGAUUUUGUUAGGCCCAAAAAAUCUGUGACUCCAUUAAAAGGUGACCGAGCUCCAAUUGUAAAACCUAAAGAUAAUUUACGACCUGAAGGCGAAUUUGAAAAACGUCCCCAGGAGGAAACACCAACAAAGGGUGAGAGAGCCUCAGUCGUGAAACCAAAAGACAAUCUUCGGCCUGAAGGUGAAUUUGAAAGGAGACCACAAGAAAAAGCCCCAGUGCGUGGAGAAAGGGCUCCAAUAGUUAAGCCUCAGGACAAUUUGAAGCCUGAGGGAGAAUUUGAAAAGCGUCCUCUAGAAGAAUCACCGAGAAGAGGAGAACGAGCACCCAUUGUUAAGCCUCAAGACAAUUUGAAACCUGAAGGUGAAUUUGAAAAACGUCUAAGAGAAGAAACUCCUCUUAAAGGUGAAAGAGCUCCAGUCAUAAAACAUAGGGACAAUUUGAAGCCUGAAGGUGAUAUUGAAACAUACAGAACCAGAGACGAUUUUGUCAUUGUAAGAGGGGAGAGGGCUGAAAUAACUAAGCAUGAGGACAAUCUCCAAGUUACUGGCGAAUUUACCGGAAUUCGCCGAGAUGACUAUAGUGUAUUUAGAGGAGAGAGAGCUGAAAUGCAUAAACAUACCGAUAAUUUGAAAAUGGAAGGAGAGUUUAUAGAUGUGACAAGAAGGGAUGACUACAGAGUGGUUAGAGGAGAAAGAGCAGAAAUUCACAAACACACAGACAACUUAAAAAUGGAAGGGGAGUUUACUGAUAUGAGGAGCAGAGAUGAUUACAGAGUAGUACGAGGUGAACGAAGUGAAGUUAAAAAGCAUGUUGACAACCUGUAUAUUGAGGGCGAGUUCAUAGAUGUACGAAGCCGAGAUGAUUACAGAUAUUUUAAGGGCGAAAGGGUGGAUAUUGUGAAACAUCCAGAUAAUCUGAAACCUGAGGGGGAAUUUGAGAAGCGUCCAAAAGAAGGCACUCCACUGAGAGGUGAAAGGGCUCCAAUUGUAAAACCGCAAGACAAUCUUAAACCUGAAGGCGAGUUUGAGAAACGUCCCAAAGAACAAACACCAGUAAGAGGAGAAAGAGCACCAGUUGUAAAACCUAAGGAUAAUCUUUAUCCAGAAGGUGAAUUUGAAAGACGUCCAAAAGAUGACACUCCUAAAAGGGGUGAGAGAGCUCAAGUUGUUAAGCCAAAAGACAACUUAAAACCAGAGGGAGAGUUUGAGAAGAGGUCACCUGAAAAAGUCAAACCGGGCGAAAGAGCAGAAAUAGUAAAACAUCCAGACAAUUUGAGACCAGAGGGUGAAUUCAUUGAUCAUCGCUCCAGAAAUGAUUAUAAGACUGUCAGAGGUGAACGAGUUGAAAUAGUUCACCACGAAGACAAUUUAAAAAUGGAAGGUGAGUUAGAAAUUCAUCGGUCUCGAGAUGACUAUAAUGCAACCCGAGGGGAACGAGCUCAGGUCACUAUUAGGGGUGAUAAUCUUAGAAUGGAAGGUGAAAUUGAAGAAUAUAGAUCUAGAGAUGACUAUAAAAACGUAAGAGCUGAAAAGUCUAAAGUUGUCAAACAUGAGGAUAACCUCAGAAUGGAGGGUGAAUGGGAAAUAUCAAGAAGAGAUGACUAUUCAGCUGUAAGAUCUGAACGUGUGGAAGUAGUUAAACAUGAAGAUAAUCUCAGAGUCGAAGGUGAAUUUAUUGAUCAUCGAUCAAGAGAUGACUAUAAAAUUGUCCACGCAGAGAGGCCAAAAAUAACAAAACAUCCUGAUAAUCUUAGACCUGAAGGUGAGUUUGAGAAACGGCCAAAGGAUGAUAAACCUCUCAAGGGUGAAAGAGCUCCUGUCGUUAAACCUCAAGAUAACCUUCGUCCAGAGGGUGAGUUUGAAAAGAGAACACCACAAAAAGUUGGGCCUGGUGAACGAGCUGAAAUAGUUCGACACCCUGAUAAUCUAUGGCCAGAGGGAGAUUUUGAAAGACCAAACAAAGAAAAAGUAGGUCCUGGUGAGCGUAGAACCCCUAUAAGACAUCCAGAUAAUUUAAAACCUGAGGGAGAUUUUGAUCGUAAAUCUCCCUCCCCAUAUCAGCCAGGGGAACGAGCACCAGUGGUUAAACAUCCAGACAAUUUACACCUUGAAGGUAAUUUUGAAACUCCUAACAAACCACCCAUUGGCCCAGGUGAACGAAGGACACCAAUAAGACAUCCAGACAAUUUGAGGCCAGAAGGGGACUUUGAAAGGCCAUCAGCUAGUCCAGUUGGGCCUGGAGAGCGUCAAAAACCAAUAAAACAUCCUGAUAACCUUAGGCCAGAAGGUGAAUUUGUAAAGAGGACUCCAACUAGUAUUGGUAAAGGAGAGAGAGCAGAAAUAGUGAGAUAUCAAGAUAAUUUGAAGGUUGAAGGUGAAUUCCACGGAACUCCACAUUUGAGAGAGGACUUCAAACCAGGAAAAGGAGAGAGAGCAGUAGUCCAAAAGCCGAGAGAUAAUCUACAAGUUGGAGAAGGUGAGUUUGAGCGAACAACCUUGAAAAAGACUGAGUUCAAAGUAGUCAGAGGUGAACGUGCAACGACAAAAAGGUAUGAAGAUUCUCUCAAAAUUGGAGAUGGCAAAAUGGACUCCACAACAACAUCAAGAGAGACAUUUUCAGUUCAACAAAAAGACAGCACACCAUCAGGAAUCAAUAGAAGAAGGCACAUUGAAUCACAAAUUACUCUCGGUGAUGACAGAUCUACAAUGGCAUCUUACAAUCGCAAAUCUUACAGCACUGACAAAGAUUUAACAAGUCGUCACCAAGAUGUUCAGAAAUCAACCGAAACUAAAACUCUAGCCGAUGGGAGUGUUGUAACCGUCACUAAACAUGUUACUAAAGAAACCUCAGGAGUUGAAAAGAGGGUCCAGCAGAAAGAAGAAACACAACAACAUAUAUCUAAAUCCGAGCAAUAUAUAAACGAAGAAAAAAGGAUAUCUAAUGAAAACAUUAGAAGACAAUCACAUGUUACAGAUUCAAGAGAUACGGUUCAAAACGGGUACACAAAACAUGCCACUAAUGUUUCUCAAUCUAGUCAGGCAAUGAUUGAUGAGGCUAGACACUCUCAGUCGCGGCAACACCAAGAAUCCCGUACAUCUCAACAAUCUCACCACACCAGUCACCAGUCCGAACAGCACUUGUCGAAAUCCUCUUCAACCCAAAGCAUGAAACAAAUCAUUGACCAGGAAGCUAGAGUUUAUCAGCAGAACCAAGCAAGAUCUGGAUCUUCUAGCAACAUACAUCAUCAUAUGACAUCUCACAUCCAAGAAUCAAACCUUAAGGAAAGACAUUCACAGAGUGCUCAAUCCUCGGUGUCGAGGCAUUCUACCAGCCACACGUCCAGCCAGCAAAGGUUGGAGAACAGUAAGCGGCACUCCAAGAGUAGAACUAGUAUGGAGUUCCUACAUGCUCUGGAGGGAACAGGACCAUCUGUUCAGCCAGUGAGGCAGUCAGACGGCUACCACCGCAAGAGUGUCAUCACUUCAUCCGCUAAAGAUGCAAACAACACAAUACUUCAUCGCAAAGGUGUGCAAUCUUCUACAGAAGCACUUCACACAAUAUCCUCCACCGCUUCUCAGCAAAAGAAGAGCAUCCAGCAUAUCGACUUAUCUCAAACAUCUCACCAAGAAGGAAGGAAGAGCUUGAGCUCAAUGUACAGGCAAGGAGCGAUGUACGAAGCUCAUCCUGCCACUAUGAUAAGGAGACAAGACAAUCUCAGCGUCGGGGGAGGCCAUUUCUAUGGUCAGAGCGAAGCGAAGGCUUACGGAAACUUUGCAACUACAGAACGUGUGACGAGAGUCAGAGCGUCUAACGCAUCUCACUUCAGCCUCGGAAGUGAAUCUCAGCAGUCCAUCAGCACUUUGUACCGCAAGGAGUUUACACCUCGAGUCACGGGACCUUGCCCAGCAGCUCUCAUAGAGACCAAGAAAGAGCAAGCACCAUUCAAACACACCAGAGACACUCCCAAACACAAGUUCUACCUGCCUAAAGUUUCUAACUAAAAAUAAGAAGGAAAAUUUCAUAAAAUAUGCAUUGUCUACUAUUUCUAUAAAAACACAAGCAAUAUAAAUUAACAAUUGUAAGAUACAUUUUGUAACAAGGACUGCCUUUGAAUUAGACUGUGAUAUAGAAAACCGUCCUUUCAAAUCUUCCAUAUGAUUUUUUGUUUUCAAUUUUAAAAUUCACAACUUUUUAUUAUUUAUUUUUAGAGUGUGUAUUGACAUUUUAUAUUCCUAAUGACCAAACUAAGGUCCUUAUAACAGUUUUUGUUUUCAUGAAUUUAAAAUGAAUUGUUAAGAAUUUAUGUUUGUCUUGCAAUAUAUUAAUUUGUUUAGUCGGUUGAAUUUGUUGUUCCUGAAGCAAUCCGCCCUUAUGGGCAUUGUUAAGUGUUUUAGAUUGUUGAAUUUUAUAUUUUUAUAUUGUUCCCUAUAGUUAAUAAGCUUGUUAGUAUUUUAUAACACAAUAUGAGCUUGUAUAAUAAAUAGUUACAGGGGUUUUAAUACUUUUUGCUUGUAUAGAUUUAACACUGUUUGUAAAUAAACUGUAUAUCUUAAGAGGUAUAAGUAAUGUUAACAAUUUAUAAUUUUAAAGUGCAAUUAACUAAUUGGAGAGCCUAUAGAAUGUUCAGUUUAACUCGAUUAAUGGUAUUAUGCAAUAUACAAUGUUUUGUUACACUGUUUAUUUUUGUUACUUUAAUGUCACAUUAACUUUAAUUUCAAUUAUUUAUGGACCAUUAAUUUAAUUAUUACAUUAAAUUAAUAAAUGUUACUUUCUUCA